AUGUGUGCUCCAUCGGAUUUCAAGUAUCGGACUUUCGACCCAUGUCUCUACAUCAAGACUUCGGACGGCCAUUGCGUGUUUAUACUGGUCUACGUGGACGACGUCUUGGUGACUGGAAGCUCGCUCGAGCUGAUUGCACAAACCAAGAACGACCUGAAGACGCGGUUCGAGAUGAAGGACAGCGGCAAGUGUGCGUUUGUUCUUGGUAUCGAGCUUUUGGACGGUGAAGAUGGCAGUGUGACACUAUAUCAGCGUCGGUAUGUCGAUAAUAUCCUCAAGCGCUUUGGCAUGGAUGAUUGCAAGGCAGUCGCAAGUCCAGUCGACAUGAGCUCUCGACUUGUUUCAAGUGAUGCAACUACCAAGGUCGAUGCUCCUUUUCGCGAAGCUGUUGGUGCGUUGAUGCACCUGACCACUGCAACGCGUCCGUACAUUGCGUUUUCUGUGGGCUAUGUGUCGCGGUUCAUGGAAAAUCCCCAAGAAGAAUACUGGGUUGCAGUUAAGCGUAUCUUUCGCUACCUACAAGACACCAAGACGCAUAAUUUGCUCCAAGCCAAGUGCAAGGAUCGACUUCCGUGGAUGUUCGGAUGCGGAUUGGGCUGGUGA